CAACCGUCAUCAUGGUCAAGGUCGAAAUCGUCGAUGACAAGGACGAGGGCAACUACCCCUAUGCCAGCUCUUCGUCCUCGAGGACAAACUCGACAGACUCUCUCUCUUCCGUAGAGUCAGACCUCUCCGUCGAUGAGACCUUUGCAGAGCGUCUCGCCGCCCUCGUCGACAUUGUUCCCCCGACGACGCGCCACUCCAUUCGUUCAAAAAUCUCCAAGACUGCAUCGGUCGUCAAAAAGACAGGCAAGGUGUUCGGAAACCUUGUGUGGGUAGUCACCACGUCUGCUCUCCUCGUGGCCCUCCCGCUGGCACUGGCCUUGGAGGAUGAAGCCAAAAUCGUCGCCCAGGAGAAGGAAAUGCUUGAACAACAACAGGGAGCUCAGCUCCUCGCCAAUGGCGCCUCACCAUAUGGCCUGCCGCCAUCUGAACAGCAACAACCAAAAGCGCUCGUUCCUCCCGGUUUCUGAUCGCUCACAGACAUUUAGAGAGCACACCCACCCUACCUAUAUUUCGUUUAUAAUCUAAUGUCAACGAUGUACUGUCACGCAUGCAAGACUCUUAUAAUGCACCACCCCA